AUGGCGUGGCAUAAACCCACCAGCCUCGCACAGGCGAUGCAAUCCCUCCGCCUAACCUCAACCCUCACAAAACCCUCAACUCAACUCUCCCGAACAACCCUCAACACCCUCCGCACGCGCAACUACGCAACGGAAUCCCAAUCCGGCUCUGCCGCAGCCCCAGAAAUUGACUUCGGCACCUUCAUUCAACAGCCCGCCCGCAUCAUCCCCUCAUCCCCUUCCUACUUCUCCGGCAGCCCGCGGUUCAUUGACCACGUCCUGAAGCUCGAAGCUCUGCAAGCUAAGCAUGCCGCACUCCCUACAGUGCCUACCAGUGAGGCACCACGCAUGGCGUGGUUCAAGCUCGCCCAAUUCCGUGAUUAUGUCGGCGAGCCCGUGCCCAUGAAGAAAUACAAGUCCCUCGUCAAGAUCCUGCAGCGGUUGAACCGCAUCCAGCCCGAUAUGGUGCCGGCCGAGGUGCGCGAUACUCUCGCUGCAUUCUUGCGUCCUGGUAACCCGUAUGCGGUGGAGAUUAUUCCCCGGACGGUUGAUGAGAACGGUCGCGCUCGCGGGAAGGGAAAGAGGAAGGAGUCAUCGGCUGUUGUGCAGCUUGUUGAGGGCGAGGGUGAGGUGCUGGUUAAUGGCAAGAGUUUGGUGGAAGUAUUUAAGCGAGUUCACGAUCUGCGGGGUGGUGGUGUUACUGGCCAGGCUGAGGCGAUUACAUUGGCUCUUGGCCGGGCUUUGCUAUUGCAUGAGCCUGGGUUGAAGCCGGUUCUGCGGAAGGCCGGUGCCAUCACAGUCGACGCCCGUCGCGUCGAGAGAAAGAAGCCUGGCCACGUCAAGGCCCGCAAGAUGCCUACCUGGGUCAAGCGUUAA